UUGAGUACAUGAUCCCUGGCUACCAUCACUGCUAACUGUAUUGUCCUGGCCUGGAGCAGCACCUCCCUGGAGAGGAUAAGACCCCCAUGGCAAAACGACUGGAGAAGACAGAGCCAUACUUUAUUGGGAUAUUCUGCUUUGAAGCAGGGAUCAAGCUGGUCGCUCUUGGUUUUGUUUUCCAUAAAGGCUCCUACCUGAGGAACGGCUGGAACGUUAUGGACUUCAUAGUCGUACUAAGUGGGAUCCUGGCCACAGCUGGUGCCCACAUGAACAUCCCAGUCGACCUUCGGACCCUGAGGGCUGUUCGAGUGCUGAGACCUCUGAAACUCGUCUCUGGGAUCCCCAGCCUACAGAUUGUGCUGAAGUCCAUCAUGAAGGCCAUGAUCCCACUGCUACAGAUCGGUCUACUCUUAUUCUUCGCCAUCCUCAUGUUUGCAAUCAUCGGUCUGGAGUUCUACAGCGGGAAGCUUCACCAAACCUGCUUGCCAUCAGAUGAUAUUUUCGAUAAUGAGACCGUUGACUCAUCCGAGCUGGCAUUUGCAUGUGGUGUGAGAAAGUGUCCAGAGAAAUAUGACUGCAAUGAUACCUGGAUUGGGCCCAAUGAUGGCAUCACGCAGUUUGACAACAUCCUCUUUGCUGUUCUCACGGUGUUCCAGUGUAUCACCAUGGAGGGAUGGACGGCCGUGCUCUACAAUACCAACGAUGCCCUGGGUCCUACAUGGAACUGGAUGUACUUCAUUCCUCUCAUCAUAAUUGGCUCGUUCUUUGUCUUAAAUCUAGUUUUGGGUGUUCUUUCUGGAGAAUUUGCCAAGGAGAGGGAGAGGGUGGAGAAUCGGCGAGCUUUCAUGAAGCUACGUCGGCAGCAGCAGGUGGAACGAGAACUCAACGGCUACCGAGCCUGGAUAGACAGGGCAGAGGAAGUCAUGCUUGCUGAAGAGAACAAAAAUUCAGGGAGAUCACCGUUAGAUGUGCUCAAGAGAGCGAGUAAGAAAACUGGUGCACGAAGAGGAGCACCGGGGGACGACAAGUAUGCGGAAAUGUCUGCUGCCAGCAUGUCGCGAUCAAGAGUAUACUUUCGAAGUGGUCGUCGUGGCCCAGCUGCCUACCUGCGACGUAAAGAGCGCAUGUUGCGCAUUUCCAUCCGCCGCAUGGUGAAAACAGAUACUUUCUACUUGAUGGUGCUCAGUCUGGUGGCUCUCAACACCAUCUGCGUGGCCAUCGUGCACCAUGACCAGCCUGACUGGCUCACCAUCUUCCUCUACUAUGCAGAGUUUGUUUUCCUCGGGCUGUUUCUGGCUGAGAUGUUUUUGAAAAUGUAUGGCCUGGGUUUCCGGCUCUAUUUCCACUCAUCUUUCAACUGCUUUGACUGUGGGGUCAUUGUUGGCAGCAUCUUUGAGGUGGUUUGGGGCUUCUUCAGGCCCGGCAUGUCAUUUGGUAUCAGUGUUCUGAGAGCGCUGAGACUUCUGAGGAUUUUCAAGAUUACCAAGUACUGGGCUUCUCUCAGGAACCUGGUUGUGUCCCUCAUGAGCUCCAUGAAGUCCAUUAUCAGCCUGCUUUUCCUUCUUUUCCUCUUCACUGUGGUGUUUGCUCUGCUGGGAAUGCAGCUUUUUGGAGGGAGGUUCAUCUUUGAAGAUUACACUCCCACCAACUUUGACACUUUUCCAGCUGCCAUCAUGACAGUGUUUCAGAUUUUAACUGGCGAGGACUGGAAUGAGGUGAUGUAUAAUGGGAUUCGCUCGCAGGGAGGCGUUCAGUAUGGCAUGUGGUCAUCCAUCUACUUCAUAGUGCUCACACUGUUUGGUAAUUACACACUCCUGAAUGUCUUCUUGGCCAUCGCUGUGGAUAAUCUGGCCAACGCACAGGAACUGACAAAGGAUGAAGAGGAGGAAGAGGAGUUCUUUAAUCAGAGAUAUGCCAGAGGAAGAGAUGGCUUGAUAUCUGAUGGCAGAAGAAGACCCUACCUAUACAGGAAACGGGCAAUCCACAGAGGGCGACCAAACUUCCCAGAGGAACCUGAUGGUGCAGCACCUGCUGCAGAUGAGCAGCCCCUUAAUGGUUCCAAGCCCUUUGUAAACCGCCGCGAAAGGAGGAGAAAGGUUAACAUGUCAGUGUGGGAGCAAAGAGCAAACCAGCUGCGCAAACGUCGCCAGAUGGCGAGCAGAGAGGAGUUGUUUAGCAGCCCUACUGAGGACACCACUGAAACUCCUACCAUUCCCCACAAUGCCUCUGCCCUUUCCCCAGAGGCUAGCCCAGCUCACUUGCCCGAAUCGCCCAUGUCGGUGGGAAUGCCACUUCCUGAGCCUCCUAUGUCCAUCUCUAUUCCCAUGCCUGAGCCUCCAGUGGCUGAACCUCUUGUAAACUUAAGCGAGGAGAAAGCAGCAGGAGCAAACCAUAGAACUGCAGGUGGAGGCAGACACAGGAUGGCUCGAAAGUUUAGGUCCAGUCAGGGGCCUGAAGAAGGGGCCCGGCACAGGCGUCACCGUCACCGUGAUGCCCGCACUGAAGCCAAGAGUUUGGACUUUGCGCAGACACCGCGUGAGGUACUACAUGUGAGACGGUCUCUCAGCCAAGAGAGGAAAAUAUUGGAUGAAAGGGAUGAGAAGGAGGAAAGGGAGGAUAGGGAGAGAGCAGAAGGAGAAGGAGGAUCAGUCCAAGAUGAUGGUGGAACAUGCAUUGUUAAUCCAUAUGCAGAAGUUGGAGAAGACUGUAGAAGAGCUGCUGCAUCCAGCAGCGACAUGCUCGAUCCUUUGCAGCGUGAGCAGGGCUGUUCCUGGUCAGAGCAGGGUGAGGAUGGCCAUACAGAUCAGUACGACCCUCUGUGUCAAAACGUCCCUGUAGAAGCUGCUUUAGAGGCCACAGAGUUCAGCGUGAGCACCAUUGAGUCUGAGAAACGUCAGGUCUCCCUCAAACGUGACAAGUCCAGCCUGGAGGGCAGCGUUGCCAUUGAAAUGUCUGCACAACCACUUCUGGAGCUCACGCCCAUGACAGUCAACAGUAAAGAUUUGGAGGCAUAUCAGUCUGACGAGGGAGAGAAAGAAGAAGAGACAGAAGAGGAGGAACCUCCGAGGCCUCCUAAACCUGUAGCCCCAGACAGUAUGUUCAUCUUCAAGGCGUCAAACCCUAUUAGGAGGAUUUGUCACUAUGUGGUGACUCUACGUUAUUUUGAGAUGACCAUCCUCCUGGUGAUCGUGGCGAGCAGCAUUGCAUUGGCAGCUGAGGACCCUGUAUGCACAAAUUCAGACAGAAACAAGGUGCUUCGAUAUUUUGAUUAUGUUUUCACUGGAGUGUUCACCUUUGAGAUGAUCAUAAAGAUGAUAGACCAAGGUCUCAUUCUGCAUGAUGGCUCUUAUUUCCGAGACAUGUGGAACAUCCUGGACUUCAUUGUUGUGGUGGGAGCGCUGAUCGCCUUUGCUCUAACGAAUGUGAUGGGAAACAACAAAGGCAGAGACAUCAAGACAAUAAAGUCCCUGCGAGUUUUGAGGGUUCUGCGGCCUCUUAAAACCAUCAAGAGGCUUCCAAAGCUCAAGGCCGUUUUUGACUGUGUGGUCACAUCUCUGAAGAAUGUCUUCAACAUCCUCAUUGUGUACCAGCUUUUCAUGUUCAUCUUCGCUGUCAUCGCAGUGCAGCUCUUUAAGGGGAAGUUCUUCUAUUGCACUGACAGCUCCAUGAAUACAGAGAAGGAAUGCCGAGGCUUCUACAUCGACUACAGCAGAGACAAGAAGGAGGUCAAGAGGAGAGAGUGGAGGAGACAUGAGUUUCACUACGACAACGUCUGCUGGGCCCUGCUCACACUUUUCACUGUGUCUACUGGAGAAGGAUGGCCUCAGGUCCUCCAGCACUCUACUGAUGUCACGGAGGAGAACAUGGGGCCAAGUCGUGGGAACCGGAUGGAGAUGUCCGUUUUCUAUGUGGUCUAUUUUGUGGUUUUCCCAUUCUUCUUUGUUAACAUCUUUGUGGCUCUCAUCAUCAUCACCUUCCAGGAACAGGGUGACAAGAUGAUUCAGGAGUGCAGCCUGGAGAAGAAUGAGAGGGCAUGCAUUGACUUCGCCAUCAGCGCUAAGCCGAUGACACGCUACAUGCCUCAGAACAGACAAACCUUUCAAUACAGACUGUGGCACUUUGUGGCAUCGCCUUCAUUUGAGUACACAGUCCUCGUCAUGAUCGCUCUCAAUACUGUUGUUCUCAUGAUGAAGUACCACUCAGCCCCAACAGCUUAUGAUGCAGUCCUAAAACACCUAAACACGGCCUUCACCGUCCUCUUCUCUUUGGAGUGUAUACUCAAGAUCAUGGCCUUUGGUUUAGUGAAUUACUUUCGAGACACUUGGAAUAUUUUUGAUUUUAUCACUGUUCUUGGUAGUAUCACAGAAAUAAUAGUGGAUUUGCAGUCGGUGAACACCAUCAACAUGAGUUUCCUGAAGCUUUUCCGAACAGCCAGGUUGAUUAAGCUGCUGAGACAGGGCUACACCAUCCGCAUACUGCUGUGGACAUUCGUACAAUCAUUCAAGGCUCUCCCUUAUGUCUGCCUCCUAAUUGCCAUGCUUUUCUUCAUAUAUGCCAUAAUAGGAAUGCAGGUGUUUGGAAACAUCAAGCUCAAUGAUGAGAGUCACAUCAAUCAGCACAACAAUUUUAAGACCUUUUUCAGUGCACUGAUGCUUCUGUUCAGGAGUGCUACGGGGGAAUCCUGGCAGGAGAUUAUGCUCUCCUGUCUGUCUGGACAGGAGUGUGAACCAGACUCUUCCAUUGCCCCCUUCACCCUGUCUCCAGACCAUGAAGGCGGCUGUGGGACCGACUUUGCUUACUGCUACUUUGUCUCCUUCAUCUUCUUCAGCUCAUUCUUGAUGCUGAAUCUUUUUGUGGCUGUGAUCAUGGAUAAUUUUGAGUACCUGACAAGAGACUCCUCAAUCCUGGGUCCCCAUCACCUGGAUGAGUUUGUUAGAAUCUGGGGGGAGUAUGAUCGGCUGGCUUGUGGGCGCAUUCACUACACAGCUAUGUAUGAGAUGUUGACACACAUGUCACCACCCCUGGGCCUGGGUAAAAAAUGUCCUGCUAAGAUUGCCUAUAAGAGGCUGGUGCUGAUGAACAUGCCUGUAGAUGAAGAUAUGACCGUCCACUUCACCUCCACUCUGAUGUCACUCAUCCGCACAGCGUUGGACAUCAAAAUAGCUCGAGGUGGUGAAGACAGAAUCGCUCUGGAUGCUGAACUGCAGAAGGAGAUCAGUAUCAUUUGGCCCUAUCUACCCCAGAAGACCUUGGAUCUACUGGUGCCAAUUAACAAAGAUACUGACAUGACUGUGGGGAAGAUCUACGCUUCAAUGAUGAUCAUGGACUACUUCAAACAAAACAAAGCAAAAAAACUCAGACAACAGUUGGAAGCUCAGAAGAGUAACUUGAUGUUUAAACGUCUGGACGCCUCAACCCUCCCUGAGGAUAUUCUGUCAAACACUCAGCCGCUGCCAAUGAUGGCCCACAGUGCUGGUUCAGCCCUGACCAGAGGAGGCUUUGUGGCUCUCAGCCCCAUCUCACCACAGGAACUAUUUCUGCAGCCCGUCAGCUCAGACACUGAUGCCAGUCAGCAGCAGAAUCAGGUGGGCGAGUGCAGUUGGGGGAUUAAAGCCCCACUGGAGCUUCCACUUGGGAGGGGCCUGUGUGUGCGGGCCUCUUCCAUGCCCCGUCUGGCUGUAGAGUCGCAGCAGGGAGAAGGUGCAGGUGGCUCCAUGAAACGUUCAGUCUCCACAGUUGCGGAUCAGUGUGUAAAUGGACUAUGGCAGGAGGAGAAAAGUCCUGAACGAGUGUACCGACCUCGUCACAAAAGCUACAAGGCUGCUGUUUCUCGGUCUGAGCAAAGGGAGCGCGGCCGAUCUAAGGAGCGCUGUCACCUCCUGUCUCCAGACACGUCACGUUGUAAUUCGGAGGAAAGAAGCUUACAGCCAUCACGAUCCUCCAGUGUGGAGAGAGCACACCCCCAGGAUAAACAGGGCAACAGUUCAGACAGCCCGGUGCCCUCCACCUCAGAGUCCAGCACGCCCAGCGGCCGGCGACCUCUAUCACAAACCCCGACGCGCCCUCACAUCUCCUACUCCCCGCUUGUGUGUCGCACACAAGCCUCUGUGGGUGAAGACGAGGAUGAACAGGGCAGCCCAGAGACCAUUAGGCGGAAAAAACCCACAUGGGAGACCCAAGAGGUGGUCGAAGGAGAGAGGCAAAGCGAGGCACUCAGACAUGCCUCCCCACCUCGACGUUACCCUUCAGAGCCUUUCCUAACCUCUCAGGAGGACGACCACAGCCCAGACCCUUCUGGUCCCAUGGAGACAUUGACCUUCGAGGCAGCUGUAGCCUGCAGUCUGGGACGCUCAAACACCAUCAGCUCAGCCCGUCCUCGCUUGCGAACCGGCUGGCAAGUCCCCAAUGGACAUUUUCGUAAGCGCCUGGUGCAGACAGCCUCAGCUGCAGGCUGCGACCCCCUCAGCGACACAGAGGAAGACGACAGGUGCUAGGGACAGAGGACAAAGCAUGGGGGAUAAGGGCAAAUCCCAGAGAGGUGUGAGAGGACACUGUGCAACAGUGUCCAGAGUGAAAGUUGAAUAUGACUCUUUUUGCAUCUUCAAGGCUGUGAGCCCUCAGGAUGUUUGAUAAAAACCCAAAAUGAAAACCAAUACUUCCUGAAUAUGUAGUUGCUAAUUCACACAGAACACUGACAAUCAUUGAAGUCUAUUUCCUGAUUUUUACUUGAUGAUAGAGAGUAAUAAUGCGCCUCAAGUAGUCGCUGAAUACGGAAAAUUAAUUAAAUGAAUGGCUCAGAUAAUGCUAUUUCUGUCAAUUGGUAUUUUCUUUUCUGAAGUGUUGCUCUAAACAGUAUUUAUCUGUGGGGUGUGUGAAUAUGUAACUACAUUUUCUUAAUUAUUUGUUUUGUAAAUAUGUUGUGAUCAUCUUACCAUUGCUAUUUAUCAGAACAGAUCAACACAACAAGCCAUCACGAAGAGGCAAUCUAAUAUUUUACCAGACAAUGUGGAUACUAAUAAGUGACACUUUAUAAUGCUGGAUUUUUUUACAGUAUGAAUGAAUGUGCAGGGGAGAAACUGCCUGAUUUUCCCAACAUCAUUUUUCUUCUUGGUAUUGAACAUAAUAAUUUGUGAGGUAUGGAUACAACAAUAGAAUAACAUAGAGAAGAUGCUUUUGUGAUUUCACCUGAUGUUAUUAAGUCAUUCCUCCACCAAACUUGAGACUUUUAAGAUUUCUUGAAUAUCUUUUAAAACAGUCUAAUUUCUAUUUUUCUUAACUGUCUAAAACCUUUCAACGAGAAAUUUCCCUGCAAUUUCAGUACAUUGGCUUUCAUAGUACCUGUGAGAGCCAUUUUCAACUGAUUCAAAACAAAAUUAUGUAUUAAUUUUUUACUUUUCUUCAUAAUUGUGAAUAUUGUAUGAGUCAUUGCGGAGGAUGACUGUAGAAAAGAUGCAAAUACACCAUGAAAUGUUUUGCGUAAAUAUAAAAAAAAUCCACAAUACUACAUUACAUAUUAAUAAUGUACAGAUAAAUUAUGCUGUUUGUAAGAUUUAGAGAGGAAAAAAUAUUAUAAGCUGAUGAGCUUUAAUGGUAACAGAGUCCUUGGAAAUAUUCAGAUUAAGGUUUGUGUAUUUGUUUUAUUUGCCUGAGGUAGGCUAAAUCUGUGAAACUCACUUAACCAAAAACAUGGAGAUUUGUAUAAUAAGUUCAAGGAAUGCAAAUACUUUGUGGGUUUUUAUGUGUACAAUAGCUGUAUAUACUAAUAAAGGUGUCCUGAAGUUGC